GUCCGUAGAGAGUACAGGAAAUUCUUCAGAGCCAAUGCUGGAAGAAAAAUUUAUGAGUUUACACUUCAGAGACUUAUGCAGAAGUACUUCCUGGAUUUGAAGAACAAGAUGCCUUCUUUAUCACCAAUAGAUAAAAACUGGCCAGUGAGACCUUACCUUUUCUUGGAUUCAACUCACAAGGAGCUAAAGAGGAUUUUCCAUUUGUGGAGGUGUAAAAAAUAUAGAGACCAGUUCACAGAUCAGCAGAAGCUUAUAUAUGAAGAAAAACUGGAAGCAAGUGAACUUUUCAAGGACAAGAAGGCUUUAUAUCCAGCCAGCGUUGGGCAGCCGUUCCAAGGGGCUUACUUGGAAAUCAGCAAGAACCCCAAAUACAAAAAGCUGAAAGAUGCUGUGGAUGAAAAGAUCAUUAUUGCAGAAGUUGUGAAUAAGAUCAAUAGAGCUAAUGGGAAGGCUACAUCCAGGAUUUUCUUAUUAACCAAAAAUAAUGUUCUUCUUGCGGAUCAAAAAUCUGGGAAUAUCAAGUCAGAGGUUCCACUGGGAGAUGUUACCAAAGUGUCCAUGAGCUCCCAAAAUGAUGGCUUCUUUGCAGUGCACCUCAAGGAGGGUUCAGGAGCAGCUGGUAAAGGAGAUUUCCUGCUCAGCAGCGAUCACCUUAUUGAAAUGGCCACUAAACUUUACCGCACUACUCUCAGCCAAACCAAACAGAAGCUCAACAUUGAGAUAUCUGAUGAGUUUCUGGUCCAGUUCAGACAAGACAAAGUGUGUGUGAAGUUCAUACAAGGCAGCCAGAAAAACGGCAACAUCCCAACCUGCAAGCGAAAAAACAAUCGGCUUCUUGAAGUGGCUGUCCCGUAACUGUAGCUGGUCACUCUCCCUUUCACGGACUUGUUUCUUUGUAAUAGUGCAAUUUUAGUUGUUUGGUUUUGCUGAUUUUUAUCCCUUUCUGGAGCUGUUGAUGGCUAAUAGCUUUAGAAACCCUUGGCAAAACAUUUGAUCAGUUGACUUUUUAAUCUUUCUGUUCAUGCCAGAAUGUUAACCCUCAAAAUGCAGAUUUUUACCCAGUGAGGCAUUUUUACCAGCUGGCACACAUCUGUCAUACACAAACAAAAUCGUUCUCUUUGUUUAGCGGUCACAGCUUAGUGCAGCAUACCGUAAACCCGCAUAUUAAUGAUAAAUUACUCAUAUUCCUUAGUCUAGAGAUCCGCUUAACAGGAACUAUACAUGGCCUUGAUGCUCGAUGGCCAACUUGUGCCCAGCGUCUUUUUAUACCGACCUGUUCUGGUGUUCUGACGGGCUCCUUGCUUGCCACCGCUGGGGACACCGGCAGAACGGAGGCUGACACACUAACUCCUAUAGUUAACACUAGGACCUAUGUAACUCGAUCUUUUAGUCAAUGCAGCA